UCACUCUGGUAGAUGAUAGAGUGAAUAUUGUAUGUUUCAUGUCAUCACUGUGGUAGAUCUUUGAGCUAAUAUGGUAUGUUUCAUUUCAUAACUCUGGUAGAUCUUGGAGCUAAUAUUGCUGGAGGAAAGGAAGAGGAAGUAGAAACGUCUGGAGUUCCGUCCACAAACUCGGGUAAAUCAGCAGCACUGUACUGGAGUUCUGCUGUCAAUGAAUUACAGCACCAACUAGAGAGUAUACAGGACGAAAACAUGCAGUUGCUACAACAACUGGUGGAUGUUAACAGAAUUUAUGGUGAUGUUCUGCGCAAGACCAUCGAGGAAAAGAAAACUCACUUAGAAAAUAUGCAAGCGCUGACCUCAAUAAACAGUGUAUCGUCUGUCACUGCCAACAGUGUCAGAGGCAGAGUAUCAGAGGCAGAGGUGAGAUUUAGUCUGUCAAUAAACAGUGUAUCGUCUGUCACUGCCAACAGUAUCAGAGACAGAGUAUCAGAAGCAGAGGUGAGAUUUAAUGUGUCGGUAAACAUUGUAUCGUCUGUCACUGCCAACAGUAUCAGAGGCAGAGGUGAGAUUUAA